UUGCCGUCUGCUGCAUGCAGGUGGACAGACUACCAGAUGGAUCUGGGUGGCACAAACACCCGCGUCUGUAUUUAACUAUGUCGAAGGAUGCGUCUUCAGGACAAAAUCAGCCAGUUUAGUCCCAGUGAACACUGACGGCGUGCUACAGCUGCUGUGCGUGUAGAUAUUCUACUCAUCUUCUGAUUUAUCUGCUACAAAGUGUGAGUCUUUGUCCAGCUAUGAACGACGCUGAUAUACGACAGCAGAAGCUGGAAAACCAGCAAGCUCUUUUAUUGAAAAAGCAGCAGAAGAAGAGGGCUGACACUCAAAUGGUGGUGGCAAACUGGGAUACUCGCCAAAAGAUUCGAAAACACAAAGUUAUCAAAUCUGAUGAGACACCUCUGCUGAUCUGUCAGUCUCUGAGCAAUGCCUCUCUAAGUGAUCAAGUGGAACACGCCCAUGACAACCCACUGGACGAGAUCGUGUUGGAUGACAGCCGCAUGAAUGCAAACAUGGCUCCAGAUAACAUGCCUCUGGAGAAGCCCGUUACUCCAAAGUCAAUGAAUUUAGAGGUAGACAGAGAGCCUGAAGUCAGCUGUGAUGGGGACAAAGAAGCUUCCACAGAGGUGAAAAAGACAAAAAAGAAAGAUCUGAAAAGCGAGAAAGCAAAACAGGCAGAACAGAAUGAGGAGGAGGUAGAAAACAAUAAAGAUAAAGCAAAAAAGGAGAAGAAAAACAAGAAAAGGGACAAAGUUCAAGAGUCUGUGGAUGUGCAGAGGACAAACAAGACAACCAAACAGGAGCGCAAAAAAAAGCAUCUGCAGGAAGAUUCAACUCCUGAGACAGAGUCAGUGGUGGAAACAAGGAGUCCGGAGAAGAAAUGCGACGAUGAGGACGAGAAGGGGCCUCAGGAGUCCAUUCCUCCAUCACCUGAGAAGAAAGAAACACUGGACACAUCCAGGUGUCAAAUAAGUGACGAAAGCAAAGACGAGGACACCCAAGAAAAAGAGAAAAAAGAAAAAAAGUCCACCAAAGUGGAUAAAACCACAUCAAGGCUGGCUUCACUCAACUCCAACUACAGAGAGACUUCAUCAUCAGGCAGUGAACAGAACGACAGAUUGUCCUCUCCAGUGUCAGUGGAGGACCUGGAGAGGUUUGCUUUAUGUCCUGCUCCCAGAGACGUGACGAUCCAGUGCAGAGUCACCAGGGACAGGAGGGGCAUGGAGAAGGCCAUUUACCCAACUUACUACCUCCACAUGGAGAAAGAAGACGGGAAGAGGGUGUUUCUGAUGGCAGGCAGAAAAAGAAAGAAGAGCAAAACUUCUAACUAUCUCAUUUCCAUUGACCCAACAAAUCUGUCUAAAGAAACAAACUCCUACAUUGGAAAACUUAGGUCCAAUGUUCUGGGUACAAAGUUCACAGUUUAUGAUGGAGGGGAGAACCCAGAGAAAAAGCCCUUCAUCAAGGAGAGUGAGUCACUGAGGCAAGAACUGGCUGCCAUAUGCUACGAAACGAACGUGCUGGGAUUCAAUGGUCCCAGGAAAAUGACAGUGAUCAUUCCUGGCAUGUUGGAGAACGACGAAAGAGUGUCGAUUCGUCCGAAAAGCGAGCUUGAGACUCUGCUGGUCCGCCAUACCAGUGGUGACAACGACAAACUGGUAACGCUGGUGAACAAGUCUCCCAGCUGGAAUGGUCAGACUCAGUCGUAUGUGUUGAACUUCCACGGACGUGUAACGCAGGCUUCAGUGAAAAACUUCCAGAUCAUCCACCCUGACAAUGAGGAUUACAUUGUGAUGCAGUUUGGCCGUGUGGCGGAGGACGUCUUCUCCAUGGAUUAUAGCUUUCCCAUGUGUGCCCUGCAGGCUUUCGCCAUCACGCUCUCGUGCUUUGACGGCAAGCUCGCAUGCGAUUGACCCAUGCAGAUGAGCCCCAAGUGCUUGACUAGAUCUCUGAUCUAAAUGGAAAUUUAAAGCCAUGCUCAAAAUGUCACACAAGGGUAUGUCGAUGACACUUUUUGUAAGAAUUUUUUUAAAUAACAGAAACUUGUACACUUAUCCCAUAGCGGCUAUAAUGCGCUGUCCCUGAUGUUUAUAUUUAAUAUGUUGUUUUGCAAGGACUUUUUGUCGUAUUUGUAAGAUGUGUGACAAAUUUGUGCAAUUUGGAAAUUGAAGAAAUUAAAGUUCUAAUUUCAGAAGAAGUGCACCUGUUGGUAGAAGAGGACGCUCAUUCGUUUGUUCUCCCGAUGGAUUAUUAAUAAAAUGUGGGUCUUAAAUAUUUACUAGUUAUUUUUUCUUCUUAUCAGGCUGAAGAUGUUCUCCAGAAUCCUUAUCAGUCUCACUGCGUGUUAUUUCAUGUCACCCAAAAUUUAUCAUGUGAGAUGGUUUACUAUCAAAAUGGAAAAUGGUUUUCUGUCUGAAGCACACCAGCAACAAAACCCAAAAAAACUAAAACCACUACUCCUAUCAGAUGCAGCAGAACUGCGUGAAUUUCAUGUCUUGCGUAAUGGACACAUGAUAUCUUCCACUGCUCAUUUCUGCAUUCAGCUUGAAAGAUGGGGGACAGGGGACAGUUAGGUUUCAGUAAAUGAAAAUAGGCCUCAGAUAUGCUCUGUGGUGAAGUGAUCAGAAGCACAGAGAUAUUUCUGAUAGCGACACCCAACUUAAACUCAAAUGUUGCCUAUCAUAAUCAUCCGACAGAGCGAUAGCAUGCAACGCUCUGAGA